GAAACCCAGAGCCUGUGGGGUGCUGUGAGUGGUCCCCAAGUGCAUCUGGCAGGGAAAGGGGUCUGUUUGACCUGGGUAGUGGCCCUCAGUUCGGGGGAAGUUGAUUUGCCUUUUGCAGUAUUGAGGUGACUUGUUAAUAAAUAUUGUCAGGGGAGUUUCAGGUUUAGAUUCCUGCACCGGGGUAGUUAAAUAGACUUGAUUUGGUAUUUUGAAUGUUUGCAAUCUGCCUUUCUCUCUCCCUUGUCUUUCCCGCUAUGCUUCAUAUUGUCACCCCCAGAAUUGCAGAGGUGAGAGCAAUCUCAGGCACGGACCUGUUCAGACAGCGGCCCCUUGACCUCCGUGGAAUGGGACUCAGCCUAGGUUCAGGGACCUACAAGCAGGACCUAAACAUGCUCUGCUCUGUGAUUGCUAGGCACAGCCGAGUGCAUUUCAGAUACAGUUUGAUUCUGCAGUUCCCUGAAUUAAUCAUUUGAAGUCUAUUCAUUUGUUGUUAGUCAGAUUCUGCUCUUCUCAGGAACCAACUGACCCUGGAUGCUUGGGAUUUUAAUUUUACUGCCUGUCCCCUGCUCAAGUGGUCUGUGUCCCUAUCUUUUUCAAUUUCACAGACCCAAGCCUGUCAGCAGUUCUCUGUGUGAAGUAACAGACUGGAUGUGGUGGAAUACCCCACAGUGCACCAGUACCAAGAGUGGUCUCAGCACUGAGGAAUGCUCCCCACCAAUAUGACAGCAGCAGUCCUUCCUUCUUCCUGCCUCUGCAGCUCUGCUUUCCUCUCCCUGGGUCCAUACAGAGCUCCUUCACUUCCUGGACAAAGCAUAUUUGUGGACAGGGGCCUAUAGAAUGUAGAAGAUAGCAACAUGGACAAAAAACUCCAUUACAUUAAAAAAGAGCUGCUCCGAAGGGAAAUUCCUCCAGUCUUGUUGGUGCUGCUGCUUCUAGCUGUGCUGCUCCUGAAUUUCCUUCUGUACAUGCAUCUCAACAAUUUCUCGGUCACCACUGUGCAGCCUGACGUGGACUCCAGCCUCUGCCCAUUUGGGUACUUCAGAUUAGGACUAUUGAAAAAUUGCUCGCCCUGGCUGUCUUGUGAAGCCAUAAAUACAGAAGUCAGGAAACUGAAGUGUGUUGGUGAAGGGGCUGUGAAAAAGGUCUUUCUUUCUGAAUGGAAGGAAAACAAAGUAUCCCUUUCCCAGCUCGCCAACUCAGAGCUGGAGGAAGAUUUUCUUCAUGGACUGAAGAUGCUGAAGUCUCUCCAGAGCAAGUAUGUUGUCAGACUGCUUGGCUAUUGCGAGAAGCAGUUCACAAUCCUUACCCAGUAUCACCCAUUAGGCUCCCUGAAGAACCUGAAUAAAAUGCUGGACCUUCCCAAAUAUAAAGGCUUGAAUACUUGGCAUCGCAGAUUCAUGCUCGCAAUCGACUAUGUGAGCAUCAUCCAUUAUUUGCACAACAGUCCUUUGGGCACCUUAGUAAUGUGUGAUUCCAAUGACUUGGACAAGGUGUUAUCGCAGUAUCUGCUGACAAGUGACUUUCACGUUCUAGUGAAUGACUUGGAUGCCUUGCCUCUUGUGAACAAGAGCACUGGCAGGCUGGUGAAGUGUGGCCAUCGGGAGCUCCAAGGCGAAUUUGUAGCUCCUGAACAGCUCUGGCCCUAUGGGGAGGAGGUGCCAUUUGAAGACGACCUCAUGCCUCCAUAUGACGAGAAGACGGACAUAUGGAAAAUUCCUGAUGUCUCCAGUUUUUUCUUGGGGCACGUUGAAGGAAGUGAUAUUGUCAGGUUCCAUUUGUUCGACAUCCAUGCAGCAUGUAAGAAGAAGAACCCAGCUGAAAGGCCUUCCGCCCAGAUGGUCGUGGACACAUACAGGAAAAUUUUAACAUUGCUGCUCAGAGAGGCUGCUAUGCCUGGUACCAGGGAAAUGUUAUAAAUAACUGUAAGAAGACAUACAUGUACUUUGAUUUUAUGUCCUUUUAUUUAUUUAGCACCCACAGGGUGCUAGGUCCUUUACAAACUGGUAACAGGACAAGGUCCCUACCCAAAGAACAAAGGAGACAAAAUUUACACUAGUGAUGGUUUGAAAAAUGGUAAAUCUGUUUCAUGAAAAAAAUUGAAAUGUUUUGACCAAAAAACUCCAAUUUUGAGGGGUUUUAGUUUUUUUGGUAUCUCCCCCUCUCCCUUUUUCUUUUUUGCCACUGGACGAGGAGGGGCAGGAAAGGACGAUAAAGCGGGGUGGUAUUUUUGGUUUUGAAAAACAAACUUUUUUAAAAAAAUUUUGAAUCAAAACAUUUGAAAAUUCUUUUCAAAAAUCCCACAAAAAAUUCUGCCUUUUUUUUUUUUUUAAGGCCAGUUUUUGUCAAAAAAUGGCUUGAAUGAAAAAUUUCAUCCAGCUCUAAUUUACACCUGGAGGAUUGGAGAAAGGAGAACAACAAAUAAGCAAAGUAAUCCAGAUGAGAGAGAGACAUAUUCCUUAUUAGCUCCGUGCCAAUUCCAUACCACUAGCUUGUCUAAACAGUGUCCUCCUCCUCUCCCUUGCACCUUCCUCUCUCCAGUCAUUGGGGGCUGUUCUAAUGGCCAGCCAGCACCGUGCGGUACUGAACAGAUCUCCCUAGUGGAGGCACAGUAGGCUGGUGUCCAGCUGUUUACUGGGGCAGGGGCUUGUCAUGGCUGGCCAGAUACCUGCCUCCUAAGCAGCUCCCAUCUCCCUGGAGAUGUGGUAUGUCAGUCUCCCUAGGCCUAACUGGAGGUAGGAGCAAGAGCCUGUCUUCAAGGCUCCCCUUGUUCAGAGCAGCUACUUGCUGGCUCUGCCUUCUUCUGCCUGGGGGACAUGGGUGAUUUCUGGCUCCAGCUGAAUAGGAUGGGGGACAGGGGAAGCCCAUCCUGUCGGCUUUACUGUCAUCUUUCUGUCUGUGGGCCCAAUUGCUAUUGUUCCAGCUCCCACAAGCAUGCUAGGCAGUUCAGACAUACAAACAUUACAAGUGUCUGCCCAAAAGAGAUUGCACUCGACAAAGUCAACAUACUGACAAAGGAGCUGCAAACACACUGCUUUGAUUUUCAAACCAUUGCCCACUUACCAAUUAUAUUCUCAUAAAGGCCCUUUGGAGAAAGAGCAUUGUUUUCCCACUGCUGUGUGAAGUGACUAGCACACUGCAUACACAAUCAUCAUUUUUCUCACAUAACUUCAUUCCACUGAGAUUUUGCUAGUUUGUGCAGAUUAGAAACUCCCUCUCUUCCCCCUGUACCCCAGAAAAAUCCCACCACCUUCAGAGUAGAAAUGAAGUACUAUCUCUUUGCAUUCACUUUUCCAUGACAGUGUCCUAAUGACCCAAUGGGCAGGUGGUGUUAACAAUGGAAAACGAUCUCUUCCUUAGACACUCAAGUAGUAUAAUUAAAGGAAGGGCUGGAAAAUACAAAUCCUUCUGUAUUUUGCAUACAGAAUUAUCUGAGGGCCUGAUCCAAAGCCCAUUGAAGUCAAUAGAAAGUCUUCUUUGGCUUCAUAGAGCUUUGGAUCAGGUUUUUAGUGCCCAGAUUCCAUGGUUAUGGGCUUGAUAUAAAUACCUGGACAGAGCAUUAUCAGGGAACAGAAAUGCCUUACUACAGCAGCAGAGUUUGUUUUCAGCAAUUCAGUUAUGCCCACACUGCCUCAACGGGCAUGUUGAACAUAUGUAGAGUAUUAAUGAUGUCAGAUGGACUUUACAGUUAUGUACCUCAUGACUUUAGUUUUCUGUGGAUUAUACUUUCAAAUACCUAGGAGUAGGCUGGAGUAACUGCCAUGUUGUUUUGAGUUCGGAUACAACCUGUGGCAGAGGAGAGACACACUGUACUCCCUCUUGGAGAGUUUACUUUUGUUCCUUCUUGUUUUGCUCUUCUCCUUUAAUCUAAAACAAGCCUGAAAAUGUGUGGCUGAUUUUUGGUUUAGAACAACAUACCCCACACACUGUGUGUGGGGAUCUCUGAGUCAGAUUGACAGCUAAUUCUUUGCUCACCAGCUGAAAAUAUAGCUUCCAAAUAUUUAAAUUUUAAAAAGUGGGAGCAGAGAUCUUGUAUUGGUGAUACUGGUGGCCAUUCUCCUGGUUAAUUGUGAUCAUGUGCGGACAGAUUAACAUGACUGUUUAGUAAGACACAGUCUGCUUGUCAUGGAGGCUUGUGAUUUAUAGCUUCUAGCCUAGCCAGCUAAGAUGCAAGAGAGGUUAUCUUCUGUGGACGCCUACGAGUAUUAUGUUGCUAUGUUGACACCAGAUGUAAAAAUCUUGCUUAUAAAUGGGAAAGCUUUUCUUCAAAUGGCUAUGUUAUAGUUGCUCUCAUCUUGUGCUAGUGUCUCUUUUAAGGAAGUCUGCCUUGUUAUUUUCAUUUGUUUGAUUAUCCAUGUUCAGUUUGGCUUGUUACAUUAUAUGGAUUUUGUCAUGUGCCCCUAUUCCCCCAACCUACUCAUCAGCACCCCUCAGAAGCCUCCUCAUUGCUCUGCCGCGAAGGAAGCAGGGAGCAAAGAUCAUAAACCAAGAUUUUCAAAAGGGACUUAGGAUUUUUGGAUGUCUCACAUCUUUCGCCAUUCUCAAUUUAAAACAUCUUAAGGGAGCCUGAUUUAAAAGAAUGCAAAGCAGCAGUGGUAUUUAAAAGAAUGCAAAAUGGCAAUGGUUGAUUCCUAUGGGACUGCUUACAGAGUAAGGGAUACUCAAUGUGAGUAAAGGUAUCAGGAUCUGCUCCUGUAUUAACUAUAUUGAUCCGAGUUAAAUAGCUUUCAUUUUAGUCGGGUAUGAGGGAAAGCUGGAUGUGGUGAGUAAAAGCCAGACACAGAGUUUUAACUGCACGCCAAUAAGUUUAUUGUACAGUUAAAUGGGACUGCAAGAAAUAUAAAUGUAUGGUUAUAAAAUAGACACGUUAUACAUCUGCUGUAAAAAGAGCCCAAAAAACUGUCAGGUUUGUUAUACUGAGCUUUCAGUAAGGACCAGAGUCUGUCCUUCUCAUUCAUGUUGCACAGUAUCUUACUCUGCAAACAGCCGUAUUGAUUUCACAGAGUGAGGGGGACAGAUUCUGUCCCUAAAAUACCAUUUUGCCUUGGAAACUUCAAGAUUCAUUAGUGGAUGAGGCCAUCAAAGUCUCUCUGUUUUUGGUUACAACUUAAAUAUGAGGUAUUUGUACACACUGACUCCAGGACCCAGAGUCAUCCUCUCCACUGCCUCCCACUGGGCCUUAAAGUUUUCUGCCAGUGUUUUUCAUUUGAAGUUGAGCACCAGUGAUUAAUUAAACCUGGUUUGAAUGUGGUAUUGUGUGUUUAAAAAAUAAAAAUCCUUGUAUAGAA